AUGGAUAACCUAGCCUUGUCUUCUAAUCAAGUUGUGAUGAAGCUUGUUGAAAUGGGUUUCGAAAAACUAGAUGCUAUAGAGGCUGUAAAAGCUGUAGGUAAGUCAUGUGAUGAUGCCGUUGAGUAUAUUCUAAAGGGGAAUCAUAGAACCUGUGGAUUUGCGCCGGCUAGUUCACUAUGUUCUACGAGGAAUAAUAAGACCCUUUGUAAAAGAGCUAUGCCAUCUUCGUCUUUGUCUUCUUCGGGCUCAAUGCGACAAUCGAGUUUGCUUGACCAUUUUAAAUCCGCGGACCGGAGCAAGAAGAUAGGCGACAGCUUUGGUUCUGCGGUAUGGAGUUCUCAGUUAGAAACGCUGUCUGAUCCUUCAGAAGAGCUGAUAAAGUCUUUUGCUCCAGUGGUUUCUGAGUCUAGUUGCAUUCUUGAUACACAGUUGUCAAAUGGUUGCUCAGAGGCUUCAUCAACGUGGGAGAAAAAAGUCAAUUCUAUUCUACAAUUUCGGUUUGGUAUUUCGUCCCUGAAAAGUUUCCAAAGGGAGGCUUUGUCAACGUGGGUAGCUCACAAGGACUGUCUUGUUCUAGCUGCAACAGGAUCUGGGAAAUCUCUUUGCUUCCAGAUUCCAGCAUUAUUGACGGGAAAGAUUGUUGUCGUAAUUUCACCUUUGAUAAGCCUGAUGCAUGAUCAGUGCCUGAAGCUAUCAAAGCACAAGGUCUCUACUUGUUUUCUUGGAUCUGGCCAACUCGAUAAUCUCAUAGAACAGAAAGCAAUGCAAGGACUGUACCAGAUCAUAUAUGUUUGCCCGGAGACAGUGGUCCGACUGAUUAAGCCACUCCAGAAACUUGCAAAGACUCAUGGAAUUGCUCUUUUUGCGAUUGAUGAAGCGCAUUGCGUAUCAAAGUGGGGACAUGAUUUUCGUCCGCACUACAGGAGAUUAUCUGUGUUGCGGGAAAACUUCUGCGCCAGCAAUUUGGAAUUCUUGAAAUAUGAUGUACCGAUAAUGGCAUUGACUGCAACGGCCACAGCUCAUGUACAAGAAGAUAUUCUUGAGUCACUUCACCUGGCAAAGGAAACAAAAACCGUGCUUACUUCAUUUUUCAGGCCAAACCUUUGUUUCUCAGUUAAACAUAGUCGAACCAAGUUUGCAUCAUCAUAUGCGAAGGACUUCCAAAACUUAAUUGACUUGUACUCUGAAAAGAGAAAGACUACUGGGAAAAAGCUAGCUGUUAUCUCAGGAGAGUCAGAGGAACAUAGUGAUUUUGAUAAUUCCAAUGCUGAAAACAUCUAUGAAACAGAUGACGAUGGUGAUGAAGAGGAUGCAGAAAACUCGUUGGCAAAGAAAAACAGUUCAAGAGGGAAAGAAAUAUCGGAAGAGUAUCUGGAAGAUGAAACCGACAUCUUCCAGAGUGUUGAUGAUUGGGAUGUUGCUUGUGGUGAGUUCUGUGCAACGUCUCCUUGUGAAAUCCUGGAUGUGUCUGUCCCUUCCGAAAAGCAAAUGCUUGAUGAAUCUGGACAAGAGAAUUGUGUCCAGCAAAGGCAUUUUGAAGGACCGACAAUCAUUUACGUUCCUACGAGAAAGGAGAGUGUCAACAUUGCAAAAUAUCUCUGUGGGGUUGGACUGAAGGCUGCAGCUUAUAAUGCAUCGUUACCGAAGAAACAUCUCAGACAAGUUCACCAGGAGUUUCACGAAAAUAAGCUGCAGGUUGUUGUUGCCACAAUUGCGUUUGGAAUGGGAAUUGACAAGAAAAAUGUCCGGAAAAUCAUCCAUUAUGGUUGGCCACAGAGCUUGGAAGCGUACUACCAAGAAGCUGGGCGGGCUGGAAGAGAUGGCAAAUUGGCUGAGUGCGUGCUCUAUGCUGAUCUAUCGAGAGUACCAACACUUUUGCCAAGCCGUAGGAGCAAAGAACAGACAGCGCAAGCAUACAAGAUGCUAUCUGACUGCUUCAAAUACGGAAUGAAUACUUCACAAUGUCGAGCGAAAAUACUCGUUGAGUACUUUGGUGAGGAUUUCAGUUCCAAGAAGUGUAACUCAUGUGAUGUUUGCACUGAAGGGCCUCCGGAGCAAGUAAAUGUACGAGAGGAAGCUAAUCUCUUGCUCCAAGUAAUCACUGCUUUUCAUUUGCAGGUAAAGAAUAGCUCUGAGAAUGUAUCAUAUGAAGAUUAUGGACUCAGCAACAGCAAACAAAAGAAAUUCUCCCACAAGCCGGAUCUUCGGUUCUUCAUCAGUAGAAUCAGGGAACAGUCCCAGAAAUUCAUGGAAACAGAUUGUCUUUGGUGGAAAGGACUUGCCCGUAUCAUGGAAGCCGAGGGAUACAUCCAAGAGAUGGAUAAAAAAGCUCGUCGGGUUGAGAUUACUUGUAUACAGUCAACAGAAAAAGGGAUGAAGCAACUAGAUUUUGAAGAUGACAAGCCACUGUAUGUUUACCCGGAAGCUGACAUGCAGGUUUCGCUGAAACAACGCAGCACAUACAGCGGAUUCUCUGAUUGGGGAAAAGGAUGGGCAGAUCCAGAGAUCCGGCGUCAGCGGUUAGAGACAAUGAAACGUCCAAGAGGAAGGAAACCUCGAAGAAAAGGACGAUCACAACGACGUCCUUGGAAGUUACAAAAGAAAGAUCCAUUGAGAAGUAAAGAAUAA